AUGGACAACGCCUUGCAGUCGCUCACCAACACGCUCAACGCCAUCAAUUCGCGUCAGGCGGAUGCUCGUAAACGCGCCAGAAAGGGUGCCCAUGCUACUCCCUUCACCUCGGCCGUCUUGAACCGCGAGCGUCUCGAGAUCUACACAUACAUCCGCGAUGCCGACCCGAAGACAGAGGCCAACCUCUUCUGGUACCCUCCUCCUCCACGAUCUGCUUCCAGCUCGCGUGCUGGCCCAAGUGCACACAGAUCGGCUCAUGUCCCAAAGAAUCGCACGAACACUGCAGAAGAUGCAAAUGAAGCCGACCUCCUGCUGGCUCCUCGUCUGCCAGAACCUCGCCACGUAGCUCCUCCCACUCCUUUGCGCAACGCAAUCAUCUCCAACAAGCAGUCCUUCCAAUCUCAGUCUCAGACUGAACAGAGUGUCGAUCCGCGCGUUCUGCUCCUCGCAGCUCAGCGCCUCAACGACACUUGCGGAAAGGGCUCCAGGACUCGCAAGCAUAUCAAGAGCCUCCUCAAGGCCCAUGCGUCCCUGAAUGAAACCAUCAAGAACCACGAGAGACAGAUUCGUCAAAGCGAAGCUCAACUACGUGCCACUGCUGAGGGCAAAUCCUUGGGCACAUCCCAGCUCUCUUCUGGUGACAUUCACCAUGCACGCGCGCAAACAUCUCAUUCAGGCAGCGAUCAACUCCAAGCGCAUCUUACUUAUGUACGCGAAAACAUUUAUAAAGAGGAGCUCGAGAUUCUCGCUCUUGAAGAAAUGAUCGAGGAGCUUCGUCAAGCUCGCUCUGAAUGGCAGAAACAAGAGCUUGACCGCCAACAGAAGGCGCAGGCUGAUGCAGAGGCUAGUAGGAUGCAUCCUCGAGAGCACACUCCCCAACGUGCUUUCCCGCGCGCCUCUUUGGCGAGAGCGCAAGAGGUAGAUGACGAUGCUCAGCAGUCGGUCCAUCGAGGGGACAGCGCCGCUGACCAAGAGCUGCCAAAUUCUCGCGAUAAGACUCUCGACACAACACAACAAUCCGAAGAGAAGCAGGAUCAAGCACAUGAGCAGGUGCAUCAGCAAGUCCUCACCCCGAAAUCGCCGGACGCAGUCGAUGAGCAUGAUCCAUCUGACGCUACGGUGGCUCAGCCGCUCGCUGAUGUCUCGAUCUCGAACUAUCUGGAUGAUCCAGCUGAUCUGACCAUUCAGCGUCCUCACGAGCUUGAGACUCACGAGCCAAUGCUUGCAGACGUCGCAGACACAUCUGCAGCCAUCGACCCCGUGCCUGUCCAGCCAUCCAUGGCUUCUCCUUCUCCACAACGCCAACCUUCGCACCUGCUUGUCACUGCCAACCAGAGCAGCGAAGAGCUCGAAAGGGUCACCCAAAAGGUCUGGGAGGUCUUCGGAGAUGCGCUCAGAUCCAUUGUGCCAGAGCGUGAGGCUGCCAACUACUUGGACACGCUUGACGCCUUGAAGUCGCUCAUGAGCGGCGGCCACGCAGCUAACGCCGCCGGAGACUACUCGGUCGGAUCUGUUCAGACUUCGUCCACCUUGUCCAGCGCUGCAAGCGAGACAUCAGCAGCCGUCGCGGCUCAGCUUACGCCCGAAGUUCUCAUGACAGCCUUUGUCAUCUUCCAAAUGCUCGUAUCCCCAGAGCCGCAUCGCAUGAACAUUGACGAGCUCAAGGUGCGCGGCCAUGAAUGGUGGUCUACCUUGGGAAUGCAGGUCUGGCUGCAUGCGCAAUCACACGACAGCAAUGACGUACCGAGUCGCGUAGAAGCCUUUGAAGAUGGGCAGAACUUGGCCAGGAAGGCCACCUACGGCAUGAUCUCCAAGCAGCUCUUCGCUAUCAAGCGACAGAAAGGCGUUGGGCUCGUCGGCUUUGCUUGA